AGAACGGGACACGUCAUGCUUGUUCACUUAGGUAUGGUCCCUGUCACUGUGGUCUCAUCGAAAGAAGCAGCUGAAGAAGUGCUCAGAACUCAGGACAAACACUGUUGCACCAGGCCUAAGCUUGUCGGGUCGAAUCUAAUCUCUCGUGGUUUUAAAGAUAUCGGCUUUUCGCAAUACAACGAAGAGUGGAAAGAGCGGCGUAAGUUCUUGGUGCGCGAGUUUUUCUCUUUGAAAAAGGUUCAGUCUUUUGGUUACAUCAGAGAGGAAGAGUGUAACUUGCUGGUCAAGAAACUGUCUGAAUCCGCGGUGGAGCAAUCGUCUCCAUCUCCAGUCGAUUUGAGCAAAACCCUCUUCUGUCUAACCGCGAGUAUCUUGUUUAGAGUUGCUUUUGGAGAGAGUUUCCACGAGAGCAAGCUUGUCGAUCAAGAAAACAUCGAUGAGCUCGUGUUCGAAGGCGAGACAGCCUUCGCUAGUUUCACAUGCUCUGAUUUCUUCCCCAUCGCGGGAGUUGGAUGGCUCGUUGACUUGCUUUCGGGACAGCACAAGAGGCUCAACGAUGUUUUCCGUAAGCUGGAUGCCAUGUUUCACCGUGUGAUCGAUGAUCAUUCGAGUCCUGAAAGAUCAAAAGAUCACAGUGACAUUAUAGAUUUAAUGUUGGAUGUGAUAAAUAAACAAGGCAAAAAUGAUUCCUUGAGGCUCACGGUAGAUCAUAUCAAGGGGGUUCUCGCGAAUAUAUUUCUUGCUGGGAUAGACACAGGGGCCAUCACCAUGAUAUGGACUAUGACGGAACUCGCUGUGAGAAUUAGAGAAUUAUCUGAGAAUUUAUUUCUGGAAGAAUGAAGAACAAGAGAGAGAGUGAGAGAAAAAAUGAGAGAGAUCUAGAUUCCAAACUGUAAGAGAGAGAAGGAGAGAAUAAUUUUUCCUUGUUAAUUAAUUGUAGAUCUGAGUACAAGUAUUUAAAGACAAGUUGCCUCAGUACAUAUUAUAAUAAACUAUUUAUUGUUUAUAAUAUCUUCAACGGUCUCCUUCUCUCUUCUUCUUCU